CUCUGCAUUACAACGCUACCCCUUUAGCAGUGCAGCUUCGGUAAUUUAGACGUCACUCAAUGAAACGGAUAUUGCUGGGCUAUUGUCGAUAAAUGCCUAAGUCACUCCAGUAACCCAAUUUAAGAGUAUUCAAUCAUUGAAAUGGUUUAUCUUGUGUGGUAAAUACUGAUGAAAAAGGAAGGUCAUAUUUCAACUUAUCUUCAUGAUGAUCCAUUUUAGAUUCUGCGCCUGGCAUACUGGACUUGUACGAAUACUGACUUUGGAAAGUGUUGAGUGACAACGGGUCUCCAGACGGCAUAUCCGGUACUCGGUCAAUAAUGGUGUUCCGGGAGCAGACCGUGCUAGAGGUUCACCACCUCGUAAAGAAACUGGAGGCGUCUGACUCCCCGCGACGACCGUCUGUUCCGGAUCUCGACGCAUUGCGGGAUAUGACGUCAUCGGUUGAGGAACCACCGACGCAGCCGCGUUGGCCGACCACGCGCCACGCCCGAUCUUGCCUCGGGAGUAAUCUGUUCCACUCGGUUUUUAAGGGACGCUUGCGAAAGGUCAAGUUUCUUUUGGACAACGGUUUGGAUGUGAAUAACAGAAACGACUACGGAUAUAACGUCCUCGUAGCGGCACUACAUAUAGAACUCGAGGAGAAACGCCGUAAAAUGUUUAAAUUUCUUCUCAACAACAACGCUGACCCGUUUCAGCGCGAUCCGAAAUACAAACGCAGCAUUCUUGCCUGGUCGGCGGUGUUAGGACGUCAUGAGCAGACCAAUCUCCUGUUAGACACGUACAUGGGUGAGUUUGAUUUCCACGAGAAAGACAAAGACGGCAUGACGCCGCUUCACCUCGCCACACAGGCGGGCCACACGGAGGUGGUCAAGGCGCUUGUGAGAGAAAUGAAGAAGUAUGGGACGACCAUCGACGUUCCCGAUGGAAUGGGUCUGACGCCGUAUUUACACGCCAAGCGUCUCGGAUAUGGAUUGAUUGCGGACAUUCUCCGACAAGAGGGCGGUGCUAGCGAAGGUCAGGGCGAUUUAUACACGUUUAAGAAAGCGGACGAAUGGCGAGAAAUAGGCGUGAAAGAGAGAAACCAUGAACUACAACGACGAAGGAGUAGUCAGUAUGAACAGGCGGCCAUUGCUGGAAGUGCCCGUAUGUUGAUGGAAUUUGAAGGCCCCGGAUAUGAAAUUAUAUCUAUACCAACGCCGCGUACGCGCAGGAGGCCAAAACCGUCAACGUCUAGCGAAGCAGACGUUUCCGAGAAAAAUGCACCGAAAACGGUCCGAAUAAAAUCUCCAAAGUCUCAGCUUAGUCUUCCUGUCGGAAAUGACAUACGAGCGUAUCACCAUAACAACAAACACUCAUUAUUUGAAAAUCAGAACACGCUGCCUUAUAGCGAUGGUAACGACAGGGAGUUCAUUUCGCCCAGCCUUGACACAAUGUCGCUGAUACAGAUGCGGGAACCCCGACGAGGUAUGGCGCCAAAACCCUUCCGCUCGUCUGAGCUAGACACCAGCAAGGCUAAGGAAUACGGGCACCUUGUCGGUGACCUGACCACGAUGCUUGAAUACUUGACCAUUCAACAUUGCAAAUCCUUCCGCCGCUCCGUUCCGCCAUUAAAACCGAUGAAAGAUGAAGCGCCUGUGGGCGGAAAAAAAUCGUCUACUCUCGCGAUUAUCUUUGGAAAGGGGAAGAGGGGGCGAAAAUCACCGGGAGGGGUGGCCCCGGGAACUGGAGGAAAGGGAAAGGAAAAAACUGGGUCUGGAAAGGGAAAGAGACAAAAAGCGUCAUAGAUGGAUGUUUACCUUUUGAUAAAUAUUUGUCGAGAUAUUCUGUCCUUUUUGGCAUUCUAGAGUAAUUUAAAGUGUACGUGUAUGAAAGGGAUUUACUAUUGCAUGUUCUAUACAUAGGCCCACUGCAGGAACGAUUUUGGUAUGGGACAUUUCGAUGCAUUCGUCCGCAAUGCAUAUUGUAAGGAAAAAAUGCUGUUUAUUUAAAUAUACAUGUAGUAUGAAUUAAUGAAUGCAAGUAUUGGAUAAUGAAUUGUUUAAUUUAAAUCUUUCACUAAACCUGUGUUGCUUUUUGCCAAUAACCUCAUGCGGAAGGCCACCAGUUAGUCUUUUUAUAUGUUACGUACAUUUGUAGUAUUUUUGUGAUUGUAUGCGGAGUGCAUUUUGAUUUAUUUUGUGUGUACUUCAUUUGUUGUUAAUUUCUGACUGCUUCCAAUUGACAAGUAAAAUGAAAUAUCGCUG